AUGACGAGUCCCCAUUCAGAGUCGUAUCGUCCAAUAUUCUCCAGAUCAUCUGGUCCGGGUCGCGACUCACCUGUUCAAGCCUCAACCACCAAAAAAAUGACACGAGAGAUCCAGCAGGAAGACAAUAGCCCCCUUCCGAUCCGAUCGAUCACUCUGCCAUCCUUGGCCGAAAUACCAAUGCCCCGUUUGUUCUCCCGAGCCCGCGAGACACAAUGCGCAAUUGGCCAACCCCCCACAUCCCUGGAAUACGGAAAGCCACCCAUCGCCUAUAUUUCGGGCGCAUCGACCGACGGACGAAAGUCAAUUCUGACAUCGGGAGGCACACAGGCGCAGAAAGGCCAUACGGAUAGAGGGGCAACCGGUGAUGCCCAAGCAACAACGUCCAACACCGGCCAGCCACUCAGCCUGAAGAGACGCGUGAGCCACCAGCUCCACUGUGCUUCAUGGCCGCAUACACAGCGGCCCAUCACCAACUUGAAGACCCUCAUUCUGCUUUGUCGGUGUGCCACGGUGCUUGUUUCGGGCCUCGUGCCCAGAGCAGGCCCGCUCUACGAUAUUGGAGGAACAUCCGUCAAUAAGAGGAGGAAGUGGUCUGGAGUAGACGAGGCCAUUGUGUGUACGCAGUAUGUGUUUGCUCCUCAAUCCCCCGCCAGUGAUUCAUCACACGCGUUUCGCGUCCUGAAGCGCGCCAGACGACCGGAUCAAGACCAGCGAGGCGAGAUGCUGCACUCCCACAUCCUCGCAUUGAAUCCGUAUGGUGUAGCGAAUGGAGGUGUGCUUGCUCUCUUUCCUCUUCCUACUUUACCGGCCUUACCUAAUGUACGGAUACCUGGAUACUUACCAAGGUCGGCUGAGCUAAGAAAUUCCUCCGUAGCUGCGUUUCCCAUCCCAACCCGGCAAGUGGAUCCCCCGCCGUCGUUGUCGUCGGCGUCGUCUCCUCACCUUCUGGAAAAACUCGGCCACCGCGAAAGCCGGAAGGAAGGAACCUGCCAUGCCUGUGCACGCCUGGAAAGAAUGGAAGGUGGGAAGAGGUCGGGUGGGCACCUGGCGACAAUGGGAAACGCGAUGGCGCCGUUUGAAAAUGAGGCGAGCGGAUUCCGCUACCAAGACGCGAACGAAACUUGCGACAUCCACUUCCACUCUACUGCGUACGACUACCUCACCAACCAAAACUUGAACGGCCCUUGGCCAGAUCGGUCCCCUAUUGUCAGCCGCGGAUACCUGACCAUGCCUCCGCCGCGCCUGAGGUACUUCGACUCUAGUCAACCCAAGUCCACGCCGAGGUCAGCGACCAUGGGAGCUGGAGCCGAGCGCCGACUUCUCAUACGCCGUCUCCCCUCGUUACCUCUCACGCGUAUACGACUUACAGCUUCAGACCGCCAAACCCGCCAUUGGAUGUGCUGCGUACGGUGUGCGGCACACCUCUCUUCGACGGCAUCUCAUCCCAAUACGCCCGACGCCCGCAUCGCGCCUGUCACUUUCGACUCGGAUUGUCCACACGGAAAGCUCCCCUGUCUCUUCAACAUUGAUCGCGUUGCCUCAUCGUGCUUCUCAUGCGCCUUGCAUGAACAAGAGUCUCACUUAGUCGUCAUCUUGUUCCCCGGCCACGACCACAGCCCUUCAUUUCCCAGAAUGCCCACCGCCUCGCCCUUCUCUCCUGCCAAGUUCUUAUUCUUGGAAGCCGGCGCGGCUGACAUCGGAAUCGUACCCAAACGUAUGUUUUUGCCCGACCCAGCCUAUCGGAUCGAGAUCAUUUGCUCCUCUAUCCUAAGACUCAGAAGAGCCUCUUCCAUCGUAUCCCUCCUCUUGGUGUGCCAAAGGGUGCUUCGGCAGGCAAGGAAGUCGUCUUACGGCAAGCGUGGUCAUUUUCAAGUCGUUUGCCCUUUACCCAAGCACUUGGAUAAGGCUUCAUCUGGCGAUUGCUUUCAGCAAACAUCCUGGAAAGGGUUGACCGCAGCCAUAUACAAUGAUACCAGGAACUUUUUUUUCUUAACCGAGAAACUUGAUUCAAUUUUGGCUGACCCCAGCGGGGCAUUUACGCUUCAGAGCACCCCUGUUCCCUGGAUUUCUGGCUUAGAUCCAAGACUGCCUCUCCGAAUUAGCAUCCCGCGGCCAGUGUCGCGGACUAGCAAAUUAAUGACCAAGAACCUACGCGUCCUCUUCGAUGAUCGAAGAGUAUGGAACAACUGGUCGUCCUUCUCGCGAAAUCUCUUCAAUUUGAGUCAUAGACACAUCCAUCUCUGCCACCAGUUUUAUUCUUUGUCGGUGAGCCCCAACCGGCAGCUUAAGCUUCUCAUCCCCGGGAUCCACUCCGGAGCUACCGUCAGAGUUUCUCCCUUGCCCUUCCAGCUUCAAACUUCCGUUUCACUCUCCCGACGUCAUUCCAGAAUCCUGGGCCAUCGGCUGUCUUUCAUCCUCGCUGUUUCUUUCGUUCUGCGCCAGAAGAAAAAUCGCCAGAAAGCUUUGAUAGAGCUGUAUCCUGGCAUUUCAACCUCCGGAGCUUGGAUCAUUCGGUUCCAGAUUCCCUUUCAUGCACACGCCCAGGGUUCCCGCCGUGUUGCAAACAAAGGCCGUGCAGGCCACCAUCCCACGUACGGCUAUCAUCCCGCUUUGUAUAUGGAAAUCUUCAGAAGCAAAAACUUCAAGGUCAUCCUAUCAGUUGUCACGAUGUUCUUGAAGAAAGGGUCCCGCAGGCUGCAGCAGCAAUGCCUAUCGCACUCCUUCAACCACCUCACUCUCGGAAAGUUUAUGGCGCAUCGCAGAAACCCGCAGCGCAUGCGUUAUCGAGGUGGCCCCCAAACGGAUCCAAGCGAUCAAGAUCCUGUGCUGCGACAGGCCGAAUCGUUCACUGGCACCUCGGACCCUCCUUCAGUUUGUACGAUCGUCAAGACUCUCCGUCUGUCCGUUGCAGAGUCGGUCGCAAGACUCCGUCACCGAAUUUUUGCCUAUUGUCCAUCACUAAGCAAAACCCAGGUUUCCCCAACCUUGCGCACUGGUCUGCUUGCUUGCUUGUCCAACCCGGGAGUAAAGUUGGAACAAACUCUCAGCUCGGUUGACUUUACCCAGCCACUUCCAUCAUCUUCCUCGUCCCCUCCAGCCCCGAAGCUCCUGUUGGUUCUGCGGAAGUUCGAGAUGUUGACUCAUCGCUCCCUGCCCGAAGGGUUGGGCAUGGUUGCUUCUUUCGUCCCACUUUUUUCGUCCAGUCGUGCCUGGCAGACGCCUUCAUCCCAGGUUGGCGGUGAAGCGUCCCCUUCCCGCUCCUUUUCGCUUCCUGCAUAUCCGGAUUCGGACCCCUUGCUUGUACCGCCGCCGGGGGUGGGAGGUGAUUGA